UGUUUUCUCAGUGUACGUACCAGCAAAUUAGACAGACACCUGUAUAAAUGACCCGUUUCACAUGCGACAGUUGAACAGUUUUGUAGUUGCCUUAGUUAAGCAUUCUGAAAAAUGAGAAAUGUAUUUUCUUCACUACUGAUAAUUGGCGUAUUCGUUACUUUGAGCCAUGGGGCGAGAAUCCUUGUUGUAUCUGCGUUGGGUUCCCACAGCCAUUUCAUCCUGGGCUUCCGGCUGGCCAAAGAACUGGCGGACAGGGGACACCAAGUAACGUUUAUUAACUCUUUUCCGCAGAAGGAACCCAUUAAAAACUUGAGAGAUAUAUCAGUGGAAGAAGUAAGGCACGUACUGACACAAAAACGUAAAUCAAUUUACGAAAUCUCCAAAUGGACGUACCUUUCACAAAUAUCAUUCACAGCUCAUGUGGGCAACUCGUACACAGAGAAAGUCUUGCAAGUUAAAGAAGUUCAAGAGCUUUUACAUUCUGACGAACAUUUUGAUCUCGUGCUCAUAAACAAUUUCUUCUAUGAACCAAUGGCGAUAUUCCAGUACAAAUUCAAGUGUCCCAUGAUAAUAUUAGCUCCUGGCCCUACCACAAUUUUCAGCAAUCACCUUUUUGCCAAUCCCUCUCAACCUGCAUACGUUCCCAACUUAUUAACAAGUUUCGGAUCAGAGAUGACGUUAUGGGAAAGAAUAAUCAACGUUUACUACGACACUGCGGGAGAACUAUUCGUCCAUUUCGUAAAUAUACCACGUCAAAAUGAAAUCUUGCAGAGAAUUGUACCUGGAGCGCCUAACCUUAGGGACAUUCUGUACAAUGCUAGUUUUAUGCUUCUGGUGUCGCAUGUAAGUCUAAGAGACCCUUCUCCAUUACAACCCAAUGUCAAGGAAAUUGGAGGUUAUCAUUUGUUGCCCCCUAAACCUUUGCCUAAAGAUCUUCAACAAUUUUUGGACAACGCUACGGAAGGUGUUUUAUUUUUCUCCAUGGGAUCCGUUUUGAAAAGUACUGAUUGUCCUGAAGAGAAACUGAAGAUUAUUAUUAAAGUAUUUUCUAAGCUAAAGCAAAAGGUGCUGUGGAAAUAUGAAGACGAUUUGCCUGAGAAGCCCGAGAAUGUGAAGAUCGUUAGUUGGUUGCCUCAGCAAGACGUUCUAGGCCACCCAAAUGUUAUUGCAUUUAUUUCACAUGGAGGACUACUAGGAAAAAUAGAAGCUGUUUACCAUGGUGUUCCUAUGUUAGGACUUCCAGUUUUUUGGGACCAAAUGAAGAAUUGUCGUGAAUCAUUUCGUCAUGGUAUCGCUCUCACCAUUCCUUUCCGGCAACUGACAGAAGAGAACUUCUACCGGGCAUUGAAUGAGUUGAUCAAUAACCCAAAAUACAGAGACAACGCAAAAAUGCGGUCGAGAAUAAUGCGCGACCAACCACUUAAACAAAUCGACGAGGCGAUGUUUUGGAUCGAAUACGUCAUCAGGCACAAAGGGGCGCCACAUUAUAGGUCGCCCGCUUUAAAUCUAAAGUGGUAUCAGAGGCUGCUGUUAGAUGUAAUCCUUGCAGUAGGUGUUGCUGCAGCAUUGGUACUUGCUAUUAUUUUUUGUACGCUAAGAACUAUCAUUAGAAGCAUUAACAGAAGAGUUUUGAGAAAAAUUAAAGUUGGACAGAAACUAGACUGAUGCAGGGUUUUACCUACAAAUUUAUUCACUCAUUGAGCUGUAGUACUUUUUUAAAUUAAAAAAGAAGCAGUUGUUAUAAUUCAAUAAUACCUGAAAAUUAACAAUGUAUAGUUUAUUUACCAUUAAAGAAUUAAUUGCAGUAAUAUUAAUUGCUUAAAACUAUGGUUAUUUUAUUGCCAAUAAUGAAAAUAUAGUUUUCUUU